AAGGGCAAGCGUGAGAGAGAGAAAGAGAGAAAGAAAGAGGAGAAGCAGCAGCAGCAGCUCAGAGAGCAGAAAGUCAGGGAACUAUCCCGUCCUCAGCAGUUACUACAGCUGUCCGUACUUGAGGACAACACAGUUGAGUUUUCGGGGAAACAAAGUAACAGCACAAUGACGAUGAUGAUGACCCAGGUGGAGACCACGGUGCACUAUGAUAACGGCUACGAGGAAGAGUACAUGAUCCAGGAGGAUGAGUGGGACAGGGACAUGUUAUUGGACCCGGCCUGGGAACAACAGCAGAGGAAAACCUUCACAGCCUGGUGUAACUCCCACCUGAGGAAAGCUGGUACUCAAAUUGAAAACAUUGAAGAGGACCUCAGGAAUGGACUAAAACUCAUGCUGCUUCUGGAAGUUAUCUCAGGAGAGAGGUUACCCAAGCCAGACAGAGGGAAGAUGCGGUUUCAUAAAAUCGCUAAUGUCAACAAAGCGCUAGACUUCAUCACGAGCAAAGGAGUAAAACUGGUCUCCAUUGGAGCUGAAGAGAUUGUGGACGGUAAUGUAAAGAUGACUCUUGGAAUGAUCUGGACGAUCAUCCUCCGCUUCGCCAUCCAGGACAUUUCUGUGGAAGAAACAUCUGCCAAGGAAGGUCUUCUCCUGUGGUGUCAGAGAAAGACCGCCCCCUACAGGAACGUCAAUGUCCAAAACUUCCACGUCAGCUGGAAGGAUGGCCUGGCCUUCUGCGCCCUGAUUCAUAGACACAGACCCGACCUCCUCGACUACUCUAAGCUCAACAAGGAUGAUCCUCUGGGGAACCUGAACCUGGCUUUUGACUUAGCCGAGAAACACCUGGACAUUCCCAAAAUGCUGGACGCAGAAGAUAUCAUCAACACCCCCAAGCCUGAUGAAAGAGCUAUCAUGACCUAUGUGUCCUGUUUUUACCAUGCUUUUGCUGGAGCUGAGCAGGCAGAAACAGCUGCCAACAGGAUCUGUAAGGUGCUUGGUGUAAACCAGGAAAAUGAGAAACUGAUGGAGGAGUAUGAGAGACUGGCCAGUGAGCUGCUGGAGUGGAUCCGCCGCACCACUCCCUGGCUGGAGAACCGGACCCCAGAGAAGACCAUGGCGGAGAUGCAGCGGAAACUGGAGGAUUUUAGGGACUACAGACGCCAGCACAAGCCCCCGAAGGUGCAGGAGAAGUGCCAGCUGGAAAUUAACUUCAACACCCUGCAAACCAAGUUGCGCAUCAGCAAUCGCCCUGCCUUCAUGCCCUCUGAGGGGAAGAUGGUAUCUGACAUAGCCAGUGCAUGGCAGGGCCUGGAGCAGGCAGAGAAAGGUUACGAGGAGUGGCUCCUCACAGAGAUCCGCAGGUUGGAGAGGUUGGACCACCUGGCUGAAAAGUUUCGCCAAAAAGCCACCAAUCAUGAGAACUGGGCCAGCGGUAAAGAACUGAUCCUCUCCAUGAAGGACUAUGAAACAGCCACCCUGACAGAAAUCAGAGCAUUGCUUCGAAAACACGAGGCCUUUGAGAGUGACUUGGCAGCCCACCAGGACAGAGUGGAGCAGAUUGCCGCCAUUGCACAGGAACUAAAUGAGCUGGACUACCACGACGUGGCUGCUGUGAACCAGCGCUGCCAGAGCAUCUGUGACUUGUGGGACAAGUUGGGAACCCUGACUCAGAAGAGGAGAGAGGCACUGGAGCGGACAGAGAAGCUGCUGGAGACUAUUGAUCAGUUGUUCUUGGAGUUUGCCAAGAGAUCUGCUCCUUUCAACAACUGGAUGGAAGGAGCCAUGGAGGAUCUGCAGGACAUGUUCAUAGUGCAUACUAUUCCUGAGGUCCAGAGUCUAAUCGCAGCUCAUGAGCAGUUCAAAGCUACUCUACCCGAGGCGGAUGCGGAGAGACAGGCCAUCUUGGGAAUCCACAAUGAGGUGCAGAAAAUUUCCCAGAGCUAUGGGAUCAAGGCCAACAUUAUCAACCCGUACAGUACCCUCACAACUGAAGAGCUCCUCAACAAGUGGGAAAAGGUGAAGAAGCUGGUUCCUCAGAGAGAUGGUGCCCUCCAGGAGGAGAUGGCACGUCAGCAUGCCCAUGAAAGGCUGAGACGACAGUUUGCUGCCCAGGCUAAUCUCAUUGGUCCCUGGAUACAAACCAGGAUGGAGGAAAUUGGGCGCUGCUCCCUGGAGAUAGGAGGCGCCCUGGAGGACCAGAUGACCCAGCUGAAGCAAUGUGAGCAUGUCAUUGUUGCUUACAAGCCCAACAUCGACAAGUUGGAGGGAGACCACCAGCUAAUCCAAGAGUCCCUGGUGUUCGAUAACAAACACACCAACUACACUAUGGAGCAUAUCCGUGUCGGGUGGGAGCUGCUCCUCACAACCAUUGCCCGGACCAUCAAUGAGAUUGAGACCCAAAUCCUGACCCGGGAUGCCAAAGGCAUCAGCCAGCAGCAGAUGAAUGAGUUCAGAUCCUCUUUCAAUCACUUUGACAGGAAGAAGAAUGGAGCAAUGGAGACUGAUGACUUCAGAGCCUGCCUCAUCUCUAUGGGUUAUGAUUUGGGGGAGGUGGAGUUUGCCCGUAUCAUGAUACUGGUGGACCCCAAUGGCACAGGAAUCGUCUCUUUCCAGUCUUUCAUUGAUUUCAUGACCAGAGAGACUGCUGACACAGACACUGCCGAGCAGGUUGUGGCAUCCUUCCGGAUCCUGGCAGCUGACAAGCCCUACAUACUAGUGGAGGAGCUGAGGAGAGAACUUCCCCCUGAACAAGCAGAGUAUUGCAUCAUGAGGAUGCCGCCUUACAAAGGCCCGGGAGCACCACCAGGGGCACUGGACUACACCGCCUUCUCCACUGCCCUCUAUGGAGAGAGCGACCUUUAACCAACUAGAAACGCCUUCCAUCUACUGACCGUAUCCCUAACCAACCCCCUCCCUGCUUUCCAUCUCUUGAUGAAUUUAAGAAAUAUAUAAGAAAGUUGGAUCAAAUUUGUUGAAUGAAAUGUGUUUGUGACCUUACCAGGUUUUUGUUGAUUAGUAUUCUGACAUUAGACUGUCUACAAUCGUGCUGCGCAUUGUUAAUUGUCUUGAUAAGACUGUCUGUCCUUUUGGAUAAAAAUUGCCCCCUAAACAAAUGGAAAGUGUCAUGUCCAAAUUAUAUUGUGAGAAACAAUGCAUUGUAUAUUUUAUCUGGUGUGUCAUGGUGCUUGCAGAAAGUAGGGUGCUGUGAUGAAGGUAAAACUAGAAGAGAAAUUUACUCCAUCAAAAAUACAGAUAUCUUGGGAAUAUGACAAUAAGAUCAUGAUGUUUUUCAGUUGAAAAGUUGAAGAAAUUGCACAUAAAAGUCCUGUUUCAUUCGACAAUGUCAUGUACUGUUUUCAUGUUGGCUCACAGUGCCUUCAUUUUAGGAAUACAGUCUUAUGAUAAGGCAUUUUGAGAUGCUUUAAAGUGAAUUACAGUUUGCAAAAGCAAUUUUGGACCUACUGCCAUCCAACAAUAAACAGUGUAGAAAAUGGGUUCCCAAAAGUCUAAAGAUAUACAGUACCAGCAGAGGAAAAUAAGUGGGAAACCACAUGAAUGCAAAAGUAAAUGUUUGCAAUGGCUCAAUGAUUUAAAGGCAGAGAACACAAAAAAAAUCGUAAGUACAGUAAUGUGUUUUCAGAUUAAACAUUUUCUCAGGCAGCAACAAUGCUUACAUGUGCCUAGGAAUGAACAAAAUACUCAGAGAAAAUAGGUCAAAUGAAGCACAUCAAAAUGUCAUCCAUACCAGCAACUAAAACCUGAUACAGAUAGAAUUGUCCAUGAUAGUAGUAUGCAUUUAGAGUCAAAUUCCAUUCCCCUUUUCCCCGGUUUCUUUUUGUGCUAAGUAGGCGGCUGUAAGAGAUAGAAGGAUCUUAAGUGCAUUUGUGCCUUAUUUUACAUGUGGGGAAAAUUUUACCACUGUAUAAUGUGUGGCCAGCCUAUUUUAUGGCACACAAGACACCUCUGUGUUCUAGUUACGUCUCUGAAAUGUGUUAGAUUGCUCUUCAACAGACUACUUAUAGUAGUACUACUGCUCUAACUAUAGUAUCUUUUAAUGGCUUUUUCUUUUUUCGUCCUGACCGCCAAAGUCAUUGUGCAGACAUUCACCUUUCUCUAGAGACAUGUAAGCAUUUUAUUUUGCUUGUUCCUGCUUGAAGUAACUGAGUAUGUGCAGACUGUUGCCCAGUUUUCCUUUGUUGACACAUUUAACACCCAUUGUUAGUAGAAACACAUGCUGAUUCCUGAUAUUUCUAUAUUAUACAGCUGUUUGGCUACAGUUUACCUCUCAGUAUCCUCACAUUCUAUACCAUUUGAGAAAAAAAUGUAUUGUAUUUAAAUUAAUUUCCAAACUGUCAUACAGAAGUAUUUAAACUGUAGUAGUUUAACCAAAAUGUGCAUGUCCAUACUCACAACAUAGAUAACUCUAUGCAAAUUACUUUAUGCCAAAGCAAGCUAUCUAACGCUGUUAAUGGAAAGAGAUUGAUAACUCUAAUAACAAACGUGUUUUUGUUUCACACCCAUUGGCAAUUUGUGAAUGCUAAAAUACUGUGGAAGUCACACAAACUGAAACCAAGGCAGUGGAUCAAAUUUAAAUUCAAUUUUGAUGCAAGCAAUCUCCUUUAAAAGAAAAUUUUAAUAUUGCUCUAACAAGUGGCAUCCAUAUAUAGGUCCCAGACAUGUUCUCAUUUUUGUUGAAAGCUUUGAUUUGUUGUAUUUUGGUGGGAAAAUAAAGAAACUUGGGCCAUACAGACAGCUUGAAGACAUUUGCUGGCUCUGUUAAAUUCAGUGAGUAACAAAUUUGGACUUGAGGGUAAUGGAUUCAUUAAAUAAACUGUUUGUGGGAAAUUCAAACAAUUAUUUCAAUAAAUAAA